AUGCCCCCCCGCACCUCCGCGGACAAGCCAAGGGCGGCCCUGGUCUCCACGGCAUGCCCAUGCAUGACCGCCAAAUGCACUCCUUCCACGGAGGUCGCCGCUUCCACAGCGAGGGUGUACACAGCAGAGGGGGUGAGGGAGAGCGUGGUCCUCAAAUGCACAUGGGCCCAGGUCACCACGCCCACCCUCGUCGCCACCCGGAACACCACGGCAUGCACCAGCUGGAGAGGGACGGGGACACUGCCGGUACGGACAUGGACCAUAGCCCCGUUCCUCACGGACCAGGACGGCACCACCACCGAAGCCCCGUCGGUCUACACCACCGACCGCACGGCCCGCCCCCCGGCCCGCCCGGCAUGCGUGGCGGAAUGCGGUGCGAGGACUUCGGUGACGACUUUCACCUCCGGCCGCAUCAGCAGCACCAGCAGCACCGGCAGCAGCACGGAAGGAUGGCGGCGGGCCGUGCUCGCGGUCACCCCUGUCACGAGCGCCGCGCUCCCUUGCAGAUGAUGCCGAUGCAGGCCUACUGAAGAGGAGAACAAGGCACCGUGAUGUACGGCUGGUUGAACGGUAUGUGUUGCUGCUGGCCAGAGAGCUACGACGAGGCAGCAGCAUCUGACCUGGAGUAGAAAGCAGUUCUUCGGCGGGAGAACGAGAGACGGUUGGGUUUGGCCUGAUUUUGGCGUGCUUUGAAUUUGUUUGUUUAUUUGCAAUUGGGCAGAAGCCUCCCUCGGGAAAACUGAUACGAGGGACAAAGGGCGUGCACCUUAUGGUAUACACCUGUGCGUGGUACGGUAGCAGACGUAAACAGUCUCUGCUGGCAAUCAUACGCUGAAUUCCUUUUGGUUUGAGCGUCUCUUGAUCAGUAAUGCACCGAGGAGGAGCGGGGUACCCGCCCCCGCGGCGAAAUACUGCGGUGUUUGUGUGUUGCAGUCCCAUACCUACGGAGAGAGGUUGUAACGGGGUGAGUCGCGUGGCCAAGAGUGACGAAACGGAUGUUUUCUUCUGUUUUUUUGUGUAAGCGGUAUUGCUGGUGUCUGGAGAUGUAUUGAGUGACGAUAGACACCCUGCAACCAGUCAUUCGUCGUUUCCUGUUGACGUUCCGCCUUUUGUUCGAAGCGCGUGUGUUUUGUAUGUCGCCGAAGCUGCUUCUCAAUGGAAGCACAGAAGCGUUGGUAACACUUGUGUUAGCGUUAAGGCGUACGUGCGUGUCGUUGUCUUCAGUCCUGCCUGCGUUGUGAAGCUGCAGCUGACAGCCCCGAGUCUGUGUCUUUGUGGUACCGUGUGUUGUAAGGAGGAUAAUUUGUCUGGCACGUGUUGAGCGGACAAGUGUUGCAGGCUGCAGAUAGGCAUGCAGUGCACGUGUUGUGGAGUGCUGCUGAUGGCGAUGCAUCGACAAGAACAAAGAAACAACUGGCUUCGACAUCGGAGCCCACGAAAAACAAAAAAAACACACCCGG